CAGCUGCCGGGGAGGUGGAGCCAGCCGCUGACCUGCCGGCGUCGAACCACGGGCACAUUAUCUGCUUUGAAUAAAUCCUCCCUUUUUCCUUCCUCCUACCUGCGCCGGAAAACGGGAGGAAAAAUAAAAUAAAAAUUAAUAUAUUUUUUAAAAAAAGUAUUUUUUUUAAAAGCAGGGCUGGCAGGAGGAAAGAGGAGAGAGGCCAGGUGCGUACGGCCGCCUCUGCCGGCUGCGGGAGGUGCAUGAGGAGCUCGGCCGGGCGCCGCCGCCAUGGAGCACAUCCGGAUGCCCAAGGUGGAAAAUGUUCGGUUACUUGAUCGUUUAUCUUCAAGAAAAGCUGCACUGGGAACCUUGUAUUUAACAGCUACCCAUGUUAUAUUUGUGGAGAAUGUUUCUGAAACUCGUAAAGAAACCUGGGUUCUUCACAGCCAAAUUUCCUCUAUUGAGAAGCAGGCCACCACUGCCACUGGUUGCCCGUUGCUGAUCCGCUGCAAGAACUUCCAGGUCAUCCAGCUGGUCAUCCCUCAGGAACGAGACUGCCAUGAUGUUUAUAUAUCUCUGAUACGUCUGGCACGACCAGUGAAAUAUGAAGAGUUGUACUGUUUCUCAUUCAAUCCAAAAUUAGAUAAAGAAGAACGAGAACAAGGCUGGAAGCUUGUGGACCUCAAUGAGGAAUAUAAUCGGAUGGGUAUUCCAAACAACUAUUGGCAGAUUAGUGAUGUAAACAGAGACUACGGAGUCUGUGACUCUUAUCCUACGGAAGUGUAUGUACCAAAGUCUGCGACUGCACACAUCAUAGUGGGGAGCUCUAAAUUUCGGAGCCGAAGGCGCUUCCCGGCUCUUUCCUACUACUGCAAGGAUAACAAUGCCUCCAUAUGUAGAAGCAGCCAGCCUUUAUCUGGCUUUAGUGCUCGAUGCCUUGAGGAUGAACAGAUGCUCCAGGCCAUUAGAAAAGCAAAUCCAGGAAGUGAUUUCAUAUACGUUGUUGACACUCGGCCCAAACUCAACGCAAUGGCAAACAGAGCAGCAGGGAAGGGAUAUGAAAAUGAAGACAACUACUCCAACAUUAAGUUUCAAUUCAUAGGCAUUGAGAAUAUCCAUGUCAUGAGAAAUAGUCUGCAGAAAAUGCUUGAAGCUUAUUUUGCAGUUUGUGAGCUGAAAUCACCUUCAAUGAGUGACUUUCUCUGGGGCCUAGAAAAUUCUGGCUGGCUGAAGCAUAUCAAAGCCAUUAUGGAUGCUGGCAUUUUUAUUGCAAAGGCUGUGGCUGAGGAAGGUGUGAGUGUGCUUGUUCACUGCUCUGAUGGCUGGGAUAGGACAGCCCAGGUUUGCUCGGUAGCGAGCCUUCUAUUGGAUCCAUAUUACAGAAGUAUGAAGGGAUUUAUGGUGUUAAUUGAAAAAGACUGGGUUUCCUUUGGUCAUAAAUUUAACCACAGGUACGGCAAUUUAGAUGGAGAUCCAAAGGAGAUAUCCCCUGUUAUUGACCAGUUCAUUGAGUGUGUUUGGCAAUUAAUGGAACAGUUUCCUUGUGCCUUUGAAUUCAAUGAGAGAUUUCUCAUCCACAUACAGCAUCAUAUCUAUUCGUGCCAGUUUGGGAAUUUCCUGUGUAACAGCCAGAAGGAAAGACGAGAGCUGAAAAUCCAAGAACGAACAUAUUCAUUGUGGGCUCACUUGUGGAAAAAUCGUGCUGAUUACCUGAAUCCUUUGUACAGAGCAGACCACAGUCAAACCCAAGGGACCCUGCGCCCACAGAUGGCUCCAUGCAACUUCUUGUACAAGUUCUGGAGUGGUAUGUACAACCGCUUUGAAAAGGGGCUCCAUCCUCGACAGUCAGUUACUGAUUAUCUGAUGGCAGUGAAGGAAGAAACUCAGCAGCUGGAAGAAGAGCUGGAGGUCUUAGGAGAGAGAUUGGCGAACCUUCAGAAAUCACAAUUAAAUGAUAAUAAAGUCAAGAGUAAGCAACAAGACCGAAGCAAGCAGUUAGGGCUUUCUACUUCCAACAACAGCUUAGCUAACACUCCCCAGGAGUAUAGCAGUGAUCUGAAAUCAUUCCCAUCCCGGAGCCCUUCACAAGGGGAUGAAGAAGAUUCAGCCCUGAUUUUGACACAGGACAACCUGAAAAGCUCUGAUCCCGACCUCUCAGCUAACAGUGACCAGGAGUCUGGUGUGGAGGACUUAAGCUGUAGGUCCCCAAGUGGGGGUGGCUGCUUGCCUAGUGAAGACAGCGGCAAGGAUUCGGAUGAGGCUGUAUUUCUGGCGGUCUGAAAUACCUUCAAAACAGCAAGGAUCCAGAGGAAGUUGAGUCUUUCACAGUCUGGAAUGACAUCUUUUCGUCAGACGAAGAAUGGGAGUGGUCUGUGGCCUAAAGAAAUAACCCAAAGAAAGGGAACUGUGCAAUUGUGUAAGUAAAGUUCUAAGCAGAACAAGCCGUUAUUAGUUUUAAGACAUAAUGCUAAAGAAAGGUAAUAGCUGCUGUUAUAUUUAGUUAUGCCAAUGUGGUAUUUGUUUUAUCAAUGCUGUACAUAAUUAUUUCUUACUUUGUACAUUUCCAUAAUUAUUUAUUGUACAAAAUAAUAGUUCUUCUCCAAAGAUGUGAAAUUCCAAAGUACUCUCUUACACGUAGGGACAAGGUUGAAGAUUCAUUAGUGUUAGCAUUACUGGUGAAUCAGUCAAGACUUAUUUUUGUAGAUUCGCCUUCAGAUAUAUUGCGUAUAUUCUUCCCCCCCCCCCCCCCCCCCGCCCCGGGAGGUGUUGAAUUUUGAAUUCCAACAAUUAUUUUGCAUAUUUGCCUACCAGAAUUCUUUAUGACAAAAUAAAACUAAUAAAUGGACGCACUUGCUUAGGGGACAAAUGGAGCUUUAUUCCUGCAAAAAUAUCCUUUAGUAAGCAGCUGCUCCUGCUGCAUGUGAAUGCAUCCCUGUUGUAGUCAAUUCUCAACGAGUGUUGAAAAUUCAGAGGUUUCUGUGAGCAAAAUUUCAAGGAAUACAACAAUACUUACACAGCCUUUGAGGUAAAGCAUCCCUUUAUAAUGACAGGUAUGUUAGGCAGUAUAUUCUAGCCUCUCUCUGUUUUGUUUGAUUGUUUAUAUCUUACCCUUGUUUCCAAACUACCUACAUAAGAUAUAAACGUAAAAUUUUAAAGGUAAUAAAGCCGGAAAUUCUCCAGCGUAUUUUGAUUCCUACUUGAAAAUGGUUUAUUUGAGUGGGAGUGAGGUACCUGUACAGUAGAGAGAAUAGGGAAUCCAAAAUCACUUAUGAAAGCAUCGCUCCAAAUUCAGAAUUAAAGAAAGGUUAUGCCCAUAAAGGAACUGUUAUAAAGAAUAUUUCUUCCAAAUUUUAUUGUUCAAAAUAAACCAACCAAAACCAAGUUGUUUUCUUUUUAUCCUCAGACAAAAUUUCCCUUUUAGUAUUUGCCAACCUGAACAGAGCACGGCAAUGCUAAUUUAAGAAAAAGACUGAUUCACCACAACAGGAAGUUUAAUCUCAUUCGGUUUAAGAAUUUUCAGUUUUUAAGAGUAGGAGUAAUAGUUUUCAUAAUCAUAGGUUUGGAAAUAAAUCAUUGAAAAAAUAUUUAAGAUUUGGGAUGUUCUGAAACUCACUAAAAAAGCUUCCAUAUCAGGAUGUAAUUCUUCCAAGUUUUGGUAGUUUUUGGUUUUGGUUUUGAUUUUUUUAAAAUGAAACCAAGCAGUUAAAAAUAUAAUUCAUACGACUGCUCUUACCUGCUUGGAGACAAAGUGGUAUUGAACUCUAGUAAAGCAAAGCAGUAGUAAUGGAAGUUUACUUUGAUUGCAUUUCUUACUACUCCUUCAAAUACAGAUUUAGGGGCAGAUUUAAAUUAAAUAUACCUUGAUUUAGAAACUUUAGAUUUUGUUAUUCAGUCUGCUUUUACAGAGUGGCUUUUCAUUCUGUUCUAUGAACUUAUGUUAUUAAAAAUGAGUAGGUAAACUUCAGUAUUAUUAAUAUCCUCUUAAGCCAGCUGCUGUCUUUGAACAAAUAAUUCCAUUCCUAACAGCAAGAUUUAUCUUAAUGUUACACUGGAAAGGCCAGAUCCUCAAUUUGAUAAAUCACUGUAGCUCAAAUGAAAUAAAUACAGCUAUAAUUUAUACUCUCUUGAGAAUCUAGCCUUCUGUUUUUUAAUCUUUAUGAAUUUUUAAUGAAUUAAAGCCCUGAUUUUAAUUGCACUUUUAAAAAAUGUUUCUUAUUUUGAACAUAGCCUGUAAAAUUUAUGGUAUUAAAGGAGAUUUUGAAUGGGUUUUCUCAAACUAAAGAAACAUGCUGCAAAGUCAGCAAUGAAAACAAAACACCGAUAUUCUGCCUGAGUUUGAAAAUGGGCAAUAUCGUUGCACAUCUUUAAAACGUAAAAUUGCAUAUGAUGGUAUUGUGCCCUAUUAGACAUGCCUAGAAAUAAAUGCAGAACAGCAAUAUAUGCAAAUUCAAAGCACCAUCUUCACGUCGCUUAUGCAACUCCUUGUAACUAGCUUUACAACUAAAACGGUAACCUAUUAACAUUUUAUAUUAAGCCUUUAUUGAGCAGCCCUCUGUGAUGUGUCUUUCGGUCCUUGGAAUUUUGCAUUAGCUACUACUGUUUUCAUUGUAAUGUAUGUAUUUGUGGCAUUAUUAGCCUGCUGAGAAACACUUUCAAAUAAACACUUAGGUCAUUUAGUGUUACAUUAUUUCACACCA